AUGGCUGCACGAUUCGUCGCAAUCCUCCUCCUCGCCACGCUCGCCUUCGCCUCGGCGAACGACGGGCCGAAUACCCUUACCUCCCAACUGAGAUCUGCGGGAUGCUCGGGUUUCGCCAAGCUACUGGAGCAAGCCGAUAUGGUGACGGAGCUUGAAGGGAAGCUGGACUCAGGCGAAGCUACCCUUUUCGUUCCUUCCGAUGACUCGCUCAUGUACAAGGUGUCUCCCGCACUCCUCGCGUACCUCAAGGCGCCGGUUAACAAAGAUAUCCUCCGCAAGGUGCUGCUCUUCCACGUCGUUCCGGAGCGCAUUUCCGCCUUUAAGUGGGACGGCGAUCAUGUCACCCUGGAGGGCUCCCCCGCCGUGCUCCGCAUGGACGCGCUAGCGUUUUACGUGUCGAACGUCGCUGUUAAGGAGUACAACGCGAUCAUCUCCAAGGACGCCGUCGUGCACUCGAUCCGCGGCCUGCUCAUCCCGCCGUCGCUCGAGGAGGCUCUCGGUUCCAUUGACUUCGGCGCCGUCGACGUUCAGGAGGAUGAUGGCCGCCGUAUCCUCGCCUCUCCUGGCUCCGCAGCCUCUCCCUCUGCUCCCCCUCCUCCUUCUCCUCCUACUCAGCCCACCGUCUCGCCGUCUCCUCCCGCUACCCCUCCUCCCUCCACUUCCUCGCCUCCUCCUCCCAAGCCAUCAGCCAGGAUCGUUGCCGGCCUCCGGUGGUUCGUGUCGGUCGCAGCCGUCGCCGCUUUCGCUCUUGUGUUGUAA